CUGUACACAGACAGACAGACAGGCAGGCAGACAGACAGACAGAGCAUCAUGUGGCUCAGAGCUGAAGGCUAAGAGCUGGAGCAGCGGCACAGCGAGCGAACGACACCACAGCUCCAUGCGUCAACAUGCCAACGUUCUCAGUCAUGUAUAGAGGAGCAGUGAUCAUCAGCAGGACUCUGAUGGGUCCGUACGGAGUAGACCGAGCUGCUCAUUCCAUGGAGUUCACAGACUGUGAGAAUGGCCUGGGAAUUAAAGUGAUCGGUGGAGUGAAGGAGCUGACGGGAGAGGAGUUUGGAGUCUAUGUCAAACGGAUUUUACCAGGUGGCCUUGCUUCAAGUGACGGGAACCUGCUGCCAGGGGACCAGAUCUUGGAGGUGAAUGGUGGAAGUCUAGUAGGAGUGACAAGUGAAAGGGCUGUGGACAUCUUGAGAGCAGCCUCUGCGACCAAUCACAUGCGACUUCUCAUAGCCAGAGAUGAGGAGGCAAAGAGAGAAUUUGCAGAGCUGAUGGACAAAUAUGGAUCUAAUGGCAGCACAGGAUCAACACGAAACUCUCCCAUCCAGCAAGGCGGUCGCUGCCUGGAGAGCACCUCGUCUGGCUCGUCGUCUCGCUCUCAGAGUCCUCUGGCGUUGAGCCCGGCAGGCUCUCAGAACAUGUACAACAAUGGUGGUCCCAUGCUGCGCUCCCUCAGUCACCCGGGUGAAGGAGUGAUUCAGCUGCUCACUGUGGCACGAUCCACUAGUUUUGGCAUCACCAUCGGAGGAGGCUCCAACAGGCCUGACGGUCCUGCUGUCUUCAUCCAGGAGGUUCUGUCUGGAGGAGACUGUCACAGGGACGGACGUCUGAGGCCUGGCGAUCAGCUCAUUGCCAUUAACAAAGAGUCCUUGAUAGGUGUUACCCAAGAGGAGGCCAAGAGCCUGCUGAACAGAGUCAAACUCAGCCAAGAACACUCGCUGGAGAUCGCCUUCAUUCCAGGGAAAGGACUUUUUCCAAGCAGCUCGUCUCUCCACAACGGAGUCCAGCGAGCCGCCGGGAACAGCUACAACUCUGCACGGUUAAAAGUUCACAUCAGAUCACCCGAGAUUUGUACAGAGGAGCCAGCUCCAGGGUCCUCACUGUCUCCUGACAUCUGCCCACCAGAUAUUCAUAUAUCAGAUUCAACCAGCCAACGGUCACCAACGGCAACCAAACCCAAGAUCACACUGGACCCCCACAUACGCCUCAAAUCAGACAAGUUAGACUUGGCCUUGUCUUUCCUCGGGCUGGACGUCACCGAAGAGAAGAGGAAGAAGUUGAGACAGGAACUGACCACAGACCCACAAGGCACUGUGGCCUAUGGAGAUUUUGUGGAGGCCACUCGGAGCAUCUUCCAGGAGAACCUGGAGGAGCUGGCUUUAGGGGAGGCUCCCUUCAUGUUCUCUUACCAUGAAGCAGCCAGCCUGCUGGACACGUCAGCCUUUCAUUCACCUACAUAUGAAUCAGAGUGCAGCUACAGCAGUGAGGAUAUGGACCAGUUUCAGACAGAGGUGAAGCAGCUGCACACCCAGAUGAAGCAGCUAAAGGUGAUGCUGAAGGACAUGGAGCACAGCAAGAAGACCCUGGAGGAGGAGCUGCAGAAGACCACAGAGAGAGCGUGUCUGACUGUGGAGGAGAACCUGCGUCUGAAGAGUCGCCUGCAGGCAGCGGAGGCUGACGUGGUGCAGAGGCCGAGCAGCAGUGCCGAGCAGGACUACGAGGAGGUGAUCCAGCUGCUGGAAGCUGAGAUCAGAGACCUGAAGAGCCAGCUGGUCACCACGAGGCAAGCAGACGCAGAGGACACCGCCAAGGGGGGAGGUGCUGGAGGUGAACAGGAGUCUGAAGACCACUGAUUGUCAGCUGAAGAGAAUGUCCACAGUGCUGACCACGCCUAGUCUGUUUGGAGGAGAAGGAGGGUAAGAGACCGCUGAUUCACAUGAGUCCUGAGUCCAGGGUGGACCAGGGUAACUGUGACCCAUGCUCACGACGACAACUGUGUCUGUGACUCUGAAGAAGCAGAGACUGUUGACGGCUUACACACACACACACACACACACACACACACACAGCAGAUUAAAGUGUAACUUGUUUAUAAGAGUAAGUGUCAUCAUGUUAUUUGUUGAUCCAGGUGCAAAUAUUGAAAAGAUACAAUUCUACUGCCUCUCUGGACAAACACUAGCUACUGCAUCGUUGGCUUUCUUAGUCCACUCUAUUGUCAUUUUUUUGUCCAACCAGCAAGAGGCUAAUGGCUGCAGACUCCUCCUCCUUUAUGAACAUCUGAGCUGUCUCUCUGUCCUUCUCUGGUGUGAGUGACUGAGAGUCUUGUCUCUCUAGCAUCACCGUUUAAUACUGUGUCCUCUGUCAGUGACUUCUAUUCUGUCGUUUUGUAACUCAAAUAGAUCAAGGCACAAGUCGACAAGGGUGUGUGUGUGUGUCUGUGUGUGUGCGUGUGUGUGUGCGUGUGCAUGAUAAAUGUGUCCUCACCUGAGCACAGAUCACUCAAUCAAAGAAUCAAUCAAUGAAACUGAAGUUGAGUGGGCGCCAUGUCUGAGGGCAGGGUGGAGCCGUGUAGUCACAGUGAGGGAAUGUAGCAGCAUAUUUCAUGGCUGUUAAACCUGUAGAGUGAGACUCCUGUCACUGACACACGCCCUUCACCCUGAUACGAGAGAGCGGAAACUGUUCUGGAGCAAAGAACUCACAGAAUAGUUUUUAGUUCAUUCAGUCGUGGACAUUUAGACAAUGUUGGUGCAUCAGAUGCAAUCAAAUAACAGGAUUUUCCAGUGGCAAUGUCUUAGUAUAAACUAGAUAAUCCACAUAAGUCUCCAGUCUGCACACAGAGCACUUUCUCUGGUUCUCCAGUUUCCUCCCAAAGUCCAACUCCAUGGCUGUGACCUGUCCUGUCAGGUGGGAUUAGCUCCAGCAGCUCCCACAACCACAUGUGGAGGAUAAAGCGGUAGACAAUGAAUGAAUGAAUGAAUGAAUGAAUGAAUGAAUGAAUGAAUAAAUGAAUGAAUGAAUAAUCCACACACAAGUGAAAAAGAAGAGUAGAGGUGGGCAACAUUAGCCUCAAGCAAUAACAACAUUUGUGAUGAUAUUUGACAUCAUUUCUAAGUAAAAGUGUUUGUUUGGAUGCAUGACGAUUUAUAAUUCACAAUAAAAACCAUGCAAACAUCAAAACAAGCCUUUCUGUGGUGGGAGAGUAAGUUUAAAUAUCAAAGAACAUUUAAAGGUGUUUAAGAAGAAGUCUGACUGUCUGUUUAACACUUUUAUUUAUGCAUGUUUUAGCAA